AAUGGCUGCCGUGGACAGUGGAGGGAGAAGGCUAGAUAAAAUAUCAGACGUGGAUGAGCGAGGUCAAAAGGUCAGUGUUCCUGCCCUGAAAGAGAAACUCUGCUUGGAGCAUUGGGAUGGCAGGCAGCUUGAAUCAGCCUUGUCCUCACAGCCUCCGUCACAUAUCAAGCAGUCGUGGGCUGACCAAGUUGACCCCCAGGCAGGGUCUUGGAGACUCGAGGGGCCCAAGGAGACCAAGGACAUCUCCUCUGCCCAUUUGGAGUCCACUGUCUCCCCCAAACAGACAGAGACUUCCCUGAGAGACUGCAGCGUUUUACACGACGACCCCACACUUCCACAGGGCUGGACACGGAAACUGAAGCAGCGCAAAUCAGGCCGGUCAGCGGGCAAGUACGAUGUCUACCUGAUCAAUGCACAGGGGAAAGCCUUUCGUUCCAAAGUGGAGCUCAUUGCCUACUUCAAGAAGAUUGGCGAUAACGUCACAAACCCAAACGACUUCGACUUCACGGUGACAGGCCGCGGCUGCCCGUCGCGGCGAGAGAAGAGGCCUGUGAAGAAGCCCAAGGUGGUCAAGCCCGUCGGCAGGAAGAGAGGGCGUCCAAAAGGUAGUGGCAAACGCAGGCACAUCGAUGGCGUAGCCGUGAAACGUGUGGUGGAGGAAAGUCCUGGGAAGCUUUUGGUCAACAUGCCAUUGACGCCUCUCAGCGCUGAAGCAGAGAGGCCUGCUGGGAUUAAACAAAUGCCCGUUGCCCACAAACACCGUGGACGUAAACGGAAAAUCGAUCAGAAGGUGCAGACAGCCCCUAAGAAAAGAGGACGCAAGCCGAAAGUAAACUCAUCUUUAGGAAACAUUAACAACAGUCCCAGUAUAAAUGUAACACUUCCGGUGACAUUGCAUAUCACUGACUUGAGACUCAAAACAGUCAAAGGAAGUUCGCCAAAGACUCUCCAGGAAACUGCUCUGCCCAUUAAAAAGCGCAAAAUUAUGGAGGAUCAGACUAACUCCACAGGACCAGUGUCAGACAACAAGAAGACUGACGAGUUGGCUUUGAGCACAGAGGUCAACAUGAAUCAGGAAGCAGGACAGCAAAGGGUGUUACACUGUGAUACUCCAACUGACAAACCAAUAUUUCCCAUUCCCAACGCAGCAAGGAGCUACAUCAGCUCGGUCUAUAAUACGCCUUCCAACAAUGCGACUGGAAACAAAAAAACAACCCAGCAGACUAAAUACCCAUUUAUUCACACCUUCCACAAGCAAAGCAACACUACUUCCACUGUCAUACCUCCUCACACUUUUCACGCUCCAUGGCUCCUCACCAGCAGUGAAGCCCAAGACUCGGGCAGACCAAAGCCUACCCAACCCAAUAUGCACCCACAAAUGACAAACAGGCAGGUAUUCCUGAAACAGGAUCAAAUGCCACAUCCACUGUUGAGCUCCCAAAAUCUGGCAGCAGCCGCCACGGCCAAAAUCAAGCACAAAAGUGGAGGGCAAGUCGGGGAAGAGGAGAUGAAGAGUGGUGUGGCUGCUUCAGCUGUGCCCCGCUCAACCCAGGAAGAGACAGUAGCAUGCAGGACCUCGGUCCCUGAGAGACCGAGCUGACUCUUGACAGUUCAGAAGCAAGGUGAGAGAUUAGAGACAGUGCAGUGACACGGUCACAUUGUAAAUGGUAGAUACAAGUAUAUGUAUGUAUACUGUAUGUGUGUGCACAUCAAUACAGAUAGAACAGGCAGCUUUCCCUUGUGGUUUAGGCUGAUAGAAUCGUAUAAACUUAUGUUAGGCCUACUUGAUGUUCGUGCUUCGACAUCAACAAUGUUCAUAACAUUUGAAUAUUUUAAGUGCUUUUAAACCCCCAUGUCUUUAUUACAUUGUCAUAGGGACUAAAAACCUCAAGUGACUUAAAAUGCAUUAUUCUUGAUUCUUCCAACUAUAAUACAAUGGCACACGUAAACUAUUUGACAUCAAUUUUCAAAGCAUUGAUUUGAUUGUUGUUCCAAAGUAACAAAGCAAAGCCAGCAGUCAAAAUAAGCCUAUUAACACAUUGAAUACCGGGGGUGUUUUCAGAAUUAAGUCGUAGGCUCCCAGCGUUCUAAACCAUUUUUAGGUAUUUUUUGUACAGUCAUAGCAUAUUGUGUGAUAGGGCCACUGAAACAUGUCAUGGCUCUUUUGAAAGGUGAGACUUUCACCUCUUAGUGCGUGGAAACCGCAUGUCUGUACGUGCUUUCAUUGCCGAGCUAUCGUGAGUUAAACCAAAGCCGGUGUAACAGACUAUCUGGGUCCCAUCUGGGGACUCCAGGUGAUAUAAACACAGCGAUUGGUCAAAACGACAGUCUAUCAAUCCUGGUCUGAAUGAAUCGCCCUUAGUGACAUUACUUACGACCAAUCAUCAUUGCUUCUAACAUCUGCAGUCGCCAGUUAAUACGGCCCAAGAUAGUCUUUUACACCGGUAUCCGCCAAAAUCAACAUGGAAUGGAGAUAUUGAGGCUUUUAUGAAUCGUGCCCCGUUUCAGAAUCUUGCGCUUUUUCAAGGAGACCGAUAUGAUAUUGGUUUACUAGACACAUCUCUCCUUCUCUGCCACCUCCCCCUCCAAAUGUAUCAACCAACCAAACGCAUUUUUCGCCUCCGGAAGUACGUUUCAGUUCCUUGUGUACAGUCUGUUCCUGCACAACUAAUCUUUGCACAUACAAAACGGGUCGUAGUCACACCACCACACGCAAUAGGCAAAACAUAUCCAAAAACACGUCCCUAAAGGCAUUUAGUCCAACGUUAACAACAGAACCCGUUAAUCGUAUGCGUUAAUGUCUCCGAUCCCUGUGUAGGGAAACAGCUGUUGUGCUGUGCUAUGCAUGUAUGUAUGCUACAGUUUACAUAGCAAUGCUAGCUUCACCGACAGUAAUAAAAGUACAAAAUGAAGAAUCCAACUUAUCUGGUUGCAGAUCAAAUCCGAGGUAAGGGUAAUAAUCCAUUCACAGUUCACAAUGUGUAGGAUCUGGCCAAGGUUUGCAUUAGGCUAUUUCCCAGAAGGUGUGUUAAGUCGAUGUGAAAGUGUUGUCUAAUGUAAUUAUUGUGUUAAGCAUACAAUAAAGCGGCAUAAAGUGGACGCUGACUGUAGCCUACUGUAGCACCAAGGAAACAACAUACAAACAAGAUCCUUGUGUUUAUAAAGAUGACAGCAUCGCAGACACUUGGCAAGGUGUAGGCUACAUAGAAAGGGGAAAGGGGCGCAACAGUGACGCCACCGACGCAGGGCAACAGUUCCAUACAGUAGCCUACAGUUAUUACAAAAUGUUCAGAUGAUGACACAAACUUUUGACUGCCAUCUAUAUAUGUUCUACUUAUCACAGAGCUCCCAAAACACACACAAUAAGCAUUGAAGUGUCUAGUUAUGAAAAAUACAAUAAAAACUCAAAAACGGGGUUUCCCGUUUUGGGAGCCAACGCAUGGGAAGUAAAAACGUGUUUUCCCGUGAAUUGGUAGUCAAUGUGUUAAAUGAAAAAUAUAUUAUUUCCCUGUAGCUAAAGGUGUGGUAACUGAAAUACUUACAGUGCCCUCCAUAAUUAUUGGCACCCCUGGUUGAGAUGUGUUUUUUAGCUUCCAAUUAUUUUAUUUUUUUUCUAAAUAAUAUGGGACCUUAAUGGAAAAAAAGAGAAAAAUCCAACCUUCUAUACAAGUGCAUUUAUUCAGUGGGGAAAAAAUCCCACAUAAAGAAAUAAUUAUUUGACAUCAAAUAAUGUGUGUCACAAUUAUUAGCACCCCUGGUGUUAAUAUUUUGUACAACCCCCUUUUGCCAACAAAACAGCACCUAAUCUUCUCCUAUAAUGUUUCACAAGAUGGGAAAAGACAGAAAGAGGGAUCUUCAGCCAUUCCUCUUUGCAGAAUCCCUCUAAAUCAUCCAGAGACCUGGGUCCUCUCCUCUGUACUCUCCUCUUCAGCUCACCCCACAGGUUCUCAAUGGGGUUGAGGUCAGGGGACUGAGAUGGCCAUGGGAGGAGCUUGAUUUUGUGUCUGGUGAACCAUUUCUGUGUAGAUUUGGCCAUAUGUUUAGGGUCAUUGUCUUGCUGAAAGACCCAGUGACGACCCAGCUUCAGCUUUCGGGCAGAGGGCAACAGAUUUUGAUUUAAAAUGUCCUGGUAUUUCAAAGCAUUCAUGAUGCCAUGCACCCUAACAAGGUUCCCAGGGCCUUUGGAAGCGAAACAGCCCCACAGCAUCACUGACCCAACCCCAUACUUCACAGUGGGUAUGAGGUGCUUUUCAGCAUGCGCAUCUUUCGUGGUACGCCAGACCCACUUAGAGUGUUUGUUGCCAAAAAGCUCAAUCUUGGUCUCAUCUGACCAAAGCACACGGUCCCAGUUGAAGCCCCAAUACCGCUUGGCGAACUCCAGACGCUUGCGUUUAUGAUUGUGAGUGAGGAAAGGUUUUCUCCGUGCAUGCCUCCCAAACAGCUUGUUGGCGUGUAGACAGCGCCUGAUGGUUGAUUUGGAGACUUUGUGACCCCAGGAUGCUACCAUUUGUUGUAAUUCUGUAACAGUGAGCUUUGGAGAUCUUUUGAUUUCUCUUACCAUCCUCCUCACUGUGCGUGGUGGCAAAAUAAACUUGGGUCCUCGUCCAGGCUUGUUUACCACUGUUCCAGUUGUUUUGAACUUCUUAAUUAUUCCUCUCACAGUGGAUAUGGGCAGCUGCAGUUGAGUGGCAAUCUUCUUGUAGCCUCUGCCUGACCUGUGAAGGUCGACGCACAUCUGCCUCACUUGUAUGCUGUGUUCCUUUGUCUUUCCCAUGUUUAAG